AUGAGCUUAUCUCUGAGUCUGUGGAGGAGAAAGCAGGUGUGGAUACAAUGGAAUCAGUCCUUAGGGAUCUGGACGAUUGGAGUGAUGAUGAUGAGCAUGAGGAAGAAUCUGUGGAGAAGGUAUCAGAAAUCAAGGCUCGCUACUAUGAGGAGCUGGGCACUAGUGCGACAAAACCAGUAUCAUCUUUGACACAGUCCCCGGUGCUAGAACUUAAACCAUUGCCUAGCCAUUUAAAAUAUGCCUAUCUUGGAAUAGAUGAUACUUUGCCAAUAAUUAUCUCUUCUUCCUUGACAGGUGAUCAGGAGCAACAACUCCUAAGCGUGCUGAGAGAGCACAAGGAGGCAAUAGGAUGGACUAUUGCAGAUAUCAAAGGGAUCAGCCCUUUGAUUUGCACUCACAGGAUAAUGUUGGAAGCUGAGUGCAAACCCAUAGUGCAACCACAGAGGCGACUUAACCCAACUCUCAAAGAGGUAGUGAAGAAAGAAGUGCUUAAACUGUUGGAUGCAGGUAUUAUCUAUCCUAUCUCAGAUAGUAAAUGGGUUAGUCCUGUUCAAGUAGUGUCCAAAAAGGGUGGUAUGACUGUGGUUAAAAAUGAGGUCAAUAAAUUAAUCCCGACUCGUACUGUGACUGGGUGGAGAGUUUGUAUAGAUUACAGGAAACUAAAUGAUGCUACCCGUAAAGACCAUUUCCCCCUCCCCUUCAUUGAUCAGAUGCUAGAAAAACUUGCAGGGCAUGAUUAUUAUUGUUUUCUAGAUGGUUAUUCUGGUUACAAUCAGAUUCAUAUAGCACCCGAGGACCAGGAGAAAACCACAUUUACUUGUCCUUAUGGCACUUUUGCCUUUAGGAGAAUGCCUUUCGGUCUCUGUAAUGCACCUGCCACUUUCCAGAGGUGCAUGAUGUCUAUAUUUUCUGACAUGUUAGAGAAUUUUAUUGAAAUAUUUAUGGAUGAUUUCUCUGUUUUUGGGAAGUCAUUUGAAUCUUGUCUGACAAAUUUAGGCUGUGUGCUUAAAAGAUGUAAGGAGACUAAUCUGCUUCUGAACUGGGAGAAAUGUCAUUUUAUGGUAAGAGAGGGUAUAGUCUUAGGUCACAAGGUGUCAAAGAAAGGGAUUGAAGUUGAUCGAGCAAAAGUGGAGAUAAUAGAGAAGUUGCCACCACCCACUUCAACAAAAGGAGUAAGGAGCUUCUUAGGACAUGCUGGCUUCUACAGGAGAUUUAUCAAGGACUUUUCUAAAAUCUCUAGACCUCUUUGUAAUUUACUUGAAAAAGAUUCUGCUUUUGUUUUUAAUGACAAUUGUUUGCAGGCAUUCAAUUUAUUGAAGGAGAAACUCACUUCUGCACCAGUGAUCGUUGCAUCUAAUUGGGAGCUUCCGUUUGAGCUGAUGUGUGAUGCCAGCGACUAUGCUGUAGGAGCAGUACUUGGGCAAAGGAGAGGUAAGGUAUUUCAUGCAAUAUACUAUGCUAGUAGAACUUUAAAUGAGGCCCAAAAGAACUAUGCCACAACUGAAAAGGAGCUUUUAGCAGUCAUAUUUGCAUGUGACAAGUUUCGGCCUUAUCUGAUAGGUUCUAAGAUCAUAGUAUACACAGACCAUGCUGCCCUGAAAUAUUUGUUUGCCAAAGCUGAUGCUAAACCUAGGCUAAUUCGUUGGAUUCUACUGCUACAAGAAUUUGACCUGGAAAUUAGAGACACAAAGGGAACUGAAAAUGUAGUGGCUGAUCACUUAUCCCGUUUGGAAUCUGAUUGUUUAGAUUCACCCAUUAAUGAAAAGUUCCCUGAUGAACAAUUGCAUGUAGCAGAAAUCCAAGGAUUACCUUGGUAUGCUGAUAUAGUCAAUUACAUGGUUAGCAACAUCACACCAUAUGGUUUGUCAUCUCAACAGAAAAAGAAAUUUUUGCAUGAUGUGAAAUACUAUUUUUGGGAUGAACCAUAUCUGUUUAAAUAUUGUGCUGACCAAGUAAUUAGACGCUGUGUGCCUGAAACUGAGACUUGUGGACAGGUUGAGGUGUCCAAUAGGGAAAUAAAGCGUAUCUUAGAGAAAACAGUCAAUGCAUCUAGGAAAGAUUGGUCUUUAAAACUUGAUGAUGCAUUGUGGGCUUACAGGACAGCUUUCAAAACCCCCAUAGGAAUGUCCCCAUACAAGAUUGUUUAUGGUAAAUCAUGUCACCUACCAGUAGAGCUUGAGCACAAAGCAUAUUGGGCCAUAAAAUACCUUAACUUUGAUUUACAAGCUGCAGGUGAAAAGAGAUUGCUCCAAUUGAAUCAGAUGGCUGAGAUGAGAGAGGAAGCAUAUGAAAAUGCUAGGAUAUACAAGGAGCGAGCCAAGCGAUGGCAUGAUAGGAACAUCCUAAAGCGAGAGUUUUUGCCUGGUCAGAAAGUCCUAUUAUACAACUCUCGCUUGAAGUUGUUCCCAGGUAAGUUAAAAUCUCGAUGGUCUGGACCAUUUGUUAUUUCUAAUGUUUUUCCCUAUGGUGCAGUUGAUCUGAAGUCAGAAGAUGACCGCACUUUUAAAGUAAACGGUCAUCUUCUCAAGCAUUACUUUGAAGGGGAAAAUAUUGAUGGUGAUGCCACUACGGUGGAUCUAGCAAAUUCGGUUGAAGAAUUGGAAAAGUCGAACUAG